ACACGGCCAUGCUGGCAGACAUGAACACAGCCAUGCUGGCAGACAUGAAAUAGAAGUUAGGGUUAACAAGAACGGGAUAUCAGGAUAUGACCUAAAUACCGGCGGGACAUUUGUCCUCCCCUCUUGCUCAAAGUCUCUCUACAAAACCCUUUCUCAAUCUCGCGCCCCAAUUUCUUCCGACACCCUCUCCUCCUCCUCCAGACGUCCAGUCCUUCCCAUCACAUUUGCCGAUCUACACUGCUGUCGUCGUCCCGCAUCCGCUGCAGAUGUCGUCCCGCCUCCGCCGCAGGCGUCUGCCAAAGCCUCCCCGUAAGCAUCGAGCUUCUAAUUGCUAUUUUGGAGCUCCUCUUUUUGCUGCUGCCAUCACAAUUCCUUCUUCAUGUGGAAGCACUCUCGAGGAUGCUUUGGAACAUUUGGCAUCAAUUGAUCUUCUGGAAUUGUGCAACGAGGCAAAAAUAGAGCGUUGCCGGGCCACUCGGGAUCUGAGUAGCUGUGGCCGCUUUGUUCAAGAUGUACUAAAUUCAUGUGGGCAUGCCUCUUUGUGUGCUGAAUGUAGUAAGAGAUGCGAUGUGUGUCCAAUUUGUAGAACAUCUCUUCCAGUUAAUGGAAAUAGAUUACGACCUCGACUUUAUUAUGAAUGCGCUAGCGCUGGUCUUAUUUCUAAGAGACAUGCUGACAGAUUUCAAGAGAAGGAUGAUAGCAAGGAUCAUUUUCUAGCUAUUCAACGCCUGUAUUCUCUGUUUGAUGUUGCACUAGAUAACAAUCUUGUAUGUUUGAUUUGCCAUUAUGUUACAGAUGUUUGUAUGGAUGAGAGUGCUGUAUCUAGCGACCCUGUUAUGUCUUUCUUACUGGAUGAAGUGGUUGUGAAGGACUGGUGCAAGCAAAGAUUCAAGGCUAUAAUUCAUGAUCUUCAGAUAGCAUAUAGGCUUGACUUGAAAGGAAUGAAGUCAAGCAUGUCUUUAUUUCAAAGAUCAACAUCACAGUUAUCUGGCAUAUCUAAUGUUCUUGAGGUCAUGGUUUCUUCAUUCAAGGACAAUCUCUCAGCCCAAUUGAAUGACUUUCAUUUCCUUCUGAGCAGCACACUGAAGACAAAACAGCAUUUGGAGAUAAUGAUUUGGUGCAUUCAGCAUGACUUCCUUGAGAAUGUCCAGUCUUGCUUUCCUGACUAUCAAUCAUGGGCAUCACAAACUCAGGAAAGAAAAUCAGCAGCUAUUAAGCAAUCCUGGCCUGAUAAUUCAAGUUAUUUGGCAUAUUGUGGUCCUCGAUCUGAGUCUGCAUUGUUCAUUGAGAUGGCAUUGUCCAAUCUUGAAAUAGAAGAAUCCUAUGGAGACCAACAUGAUGAAAUAGAUGUAUAUUGCUUGCAGGAUACAAAUUCUCCAAUGAUUUUUUCGUCAAAAAUUAGCGAGUCUUGUAGGAAUAAUGCAUCAGGAUGUUAUCCUUUUAAAUAUGCACGAUCUGCCAUGGAUGUAAUCUUUUUACGCGGAGCAUCUGAUAUGGUGGUUGCAAAAAGAGCAAUUUUCUUAUAUUAUUUAUUUGACCGGCAUUGGUCUUUACCAGAUUCAAAAUGGAGGUAUUUAGUUGAUGAUUUUGCCUCGUCAUUUGGUAUAGGCAGACUUCCAUUGUUGGAAUCUCUAGUGUUUUAUCUUCUCGAUGAUCACACUGAUAAGGCCUUGCAGGAAGCUUGUGCUCUUCUUCCAGAAAUUGCCGGCCCAGGCACACAUCCCAAGAUAGCACAAGUUUUAUUAGAACGCCAAUGCCCUGAUUUUGCGCUGACUGUUUUACGGUGUACUGGCCGUGAUGGCUUCAGCAGAUAUGAUGGUUCCAAGGAUGAUGUUGGGAAGAUUGAGUCACUUGAUGAAGCAGUGACUGUUCUUCGUGUUAGAAUUGAAUGCGGGCUUUUGACAGAAGCCUUUAUGUUCCAAAGAAUGUACUGCCAUAACUUGAAGGAGUUCACAUCAGGAUAUAAAGAUCUUUCUACUUCCAACAAUUUAAAGCCUGAUUCAUGGAUGCGCCAAAUGGAAAUAUUGGUGAUUGAAAUGUGCAUUCUUUGCAUGCGAAGGAACCUUACAGAUAGAAUGAUUGAAUUACCUUGGGAUUCUACUGAAGAGAAGUAUAUCCACAAAUGUCUCCUUGAGCAUGCCUAUCAAAGUCCUCGAUCUAUUUCUGGUAGCCUUCUUACCGUUUUCUAUCUGCAGCGAUAUAGAUACAUUGAAGCUUUUCAGGUACAUCACAAGCUCCUAAGUUUGGAGCAGAAAUGCUUAGAAUCUUUGGAAGGGGGUGUUGCAUGUGAAAUGAAAUCAAUAUCCCUUUGGAGAUCUGCUUUAGUAGAGAAAGGCCUAUAUCUGCUUCCUGAGAUUCAACUCAAACAAUUAAUGAAUGGAUGCACUGCUCAAAAUGACUCAUCCUUCAGUCAGGAUAUCAAAAUUGAUAUGGAGUCUGCUUCUAAAGUGCAACUGGAUCCUGUUAAUAUUUCAACUCGAAGUAGGACCUCAGCAUCUAUUGUUCUUCAUACAGAUGUGAGUAAUUUUCCAUCAGAAAAGGCUUCAGUAGAAGCACCACUUAAGCUAUAUGACAAUGCUGACAAUUUUCACAUCGAUAUUUCCAAGAGGGCGCCUUCUGCUGUUCAACAAAGGCAUUUAACUUCCUUUGGAAGUUCUCAAAAGGGUUCUUUCCCUUUACCCCUGAAUGAGCUGAACACAAGUCCUUUACAAGUGUCUUUGUUUGGCAAAUCAUUCGAGGGGAAUAAUGGUUCCCAUGCAAUAAGGUCUUAUGAUUCCGUAAGGCGUGCUGAAAAUUCCAGGGUGCUUUCAACCAAAAUAACUUCGCAGGAUUACAUUGAUUCUGUUGACCCCAAUUAUCUGAAAGAUGCUAUUGACGGCCAGCCCCACAAAAGAUCAGGGAAGCAGAACCACUUAGAUGGUCCUUGGAACAUGAUCAACUUCAACAAAUCAACUCAUGUUUUGAGUUCCAAAGAAAGAGGUUCUCCUACCGAACAGUUGUCGACAAAAGUGGGCUCAAGAUGGAGAUCUGACGAGUCCGAUGAAGAUGAGACAGACCAGAUUAAUAAACAUCUUGGUGGUGGUGGGUCUUUGUUUCCUUUGCGAGGAAGAACAAGGCGCUUCAGGAGAUAAUAUUUUAUGAUGAACAUGAACUACUGAAUUAUUUUGCAUCUAGGAUUGUGGCCCUUGUGGUUAUGUAUACCCUCGCUACCAGUUUUGAUAGGCUCGUAAUGUCUCAAGGAAGGAGGCCACCAAUGUGCUGAUGGUUCGAGAUCCGAGUUUUCAGGCUUUUGUUUGCCUGUUUGUAACACAUUUGCAGAAGAAAUUUAUUGCUUUGACGAUUAGGAAAAUGUUGUAUAUGCUGAUGCAUGAAAUAUUCCUCUUGAUUUCUGCAGAUGUGUAGCGUUUUUAAGCAUUUUGCUAGGAAUGUGAAUCAACAAAAAGGUCAGAUUACGGAAAAAAGCCCCAAGUAAAAUUUUCACUAUUUAUAGCAGUGCAGCUGGAGCAUGCACGUGCGGUCAGAAGUUGAUGGUGAUUUUUUACUGAGCCGUUGCUUGGUUGGCUAGUUUGCCCAGAUCAAAUGUUUUCAGAAGUUGGCCUUGUGAAGCUA